AUGCUACGGCAUAGUAAGCGAGAUGCAGAAGCCGGCGGACCGGGGCUCGGAGUAUUGAAAACACGCAAACGAACUCGCAGAGCUGGUGACGGUACAAUUGUUGUACGUCCGUCGCAGCGAGAGAUCAGGUCAGCAGUGAGAUCUUCGACUUCUACCACAAGUUCCGACCGGGGGUGGACGGAGGAAGAGGAGGAUUUUGCGAACGAUGCUCCCAUAUCUCCCCCCGGUUCUGGGACGGAUCUUACAUCGCUCUCCAUGGACGAAAAUGAUCCAUUUCUGGCACCCAUGAUGCCUAGCGGUCCAUUCGAACCAUAUGUAGAGCCUAUUCCAGGACAAUUUGACGCCGCUGAUGGGUCCUUCAACAUUGGCGAUGGGAUAGGGGAUUUCCUUGGCAUGGACACAGCGACCGAUUUCAAUCUGCCAUUUGCUGCAACUUCCAAUUAUAAUUGGUUGUUCGAUGUCGCCUCUCUCGAUGACGCUUUUCACCAGUUCGAUUUUCCACUGGGAUUCGACACCGGACCGUUUGAGGAUGGCAUGCAAUCAGCAGACUCUCAGAAUAUAGAUAAAAAUGAUGGCCCAUCUGCCCUGCUGGAGGUGGCCUCAAUGAUGGAUAGAAUUCAAAAUUUACACGAAGCCCUGCCUUCGGUUGCACCAGAGCUGGUGGAGAUGGACUGGAUGUCGGGAUCAUCUUACCUGGGGUCGAAUUCGCCUCAACACUCACCACGAGUUUCUGAAGAAGCUAGAACAGGCAUUCUGUCAAUCGUGGCUCAGACACACCCAAUGGGCAUUGAUGGGCAACCGAUGGCUUUGAACUCGCCCCUACUUACAUUGAACGCGUUGCAGAAUUACUGUGAUCUAUUCUUUAUACGUUUCAAUACUACAUACCCCCUGGUUCAUCAAUCAACGUUCAAUCCAAACACCAUCGAUCCAGUCCUGCUAGCGGCCGUUUUAUUCAUGGGCGCUACAUACAGCACGCGCGAGGCCCACCAGCUGGCAGUAGAAGUCCAUGACAAGCUUCGAAUUCAGCUCCUGGGACAUCCAGAUUUUUCGCCCCAGCCUGACCUAUGGGUCCUACAAACUAUGCUUCUCAUAGACUGCUUUGGAAAAAUGAGAGCGGGUCCGAAACAGCGGGAGAGGGCACAACUAUUUCACUGCGUUCUGAUAAAACUUAUCCGUCGGAGUAAUUGCUGCAGCAUUCAAGACUCCGCCUUGGCCCAGUCGGAGGACCUGGAACAUGCAUGGAGACAGGCCAUGGAUCUCGAGCAGAGAAAGCGUCUGGCCAUGCAUUGUUUUAUGUGGGAUACCCAACACGCAGCCCUGUUCUCUCAGUCCUUGUGUAUGUCCGCCUUUGAGAUUAGAUCAUCCUUGCCAUGUAGUAGUGCCGCAUGGGAGGCAUCCUCGGCUCGAGAAUGGGCCCAUUUAGCGGCACGUGAAACGAGUCGGCCUUUUCUCACCGUUCUCAAGGGGUAUAUCACUCCAGGAGCAUCGCCUCGCCCCCGCGAUCUAAAUGUCUUCGCCCGCUCGGUGAUUCUGCACGGCUUAAUGUCCGUCUCGGCAGAUCUGAAACGUCGAGACCAAACAACCCUCCGAUCUGAAACUCCAGAGAAAGUGGGAGCCUGGAUCCCACGCAUGAAGCGAUCAUAUGACUUCUGGAAGGUAGAUUUCGAUGCAGAUUGCCUUGCCAUGAAAAUCGCGCAGACGGCCGACCAACGCCGAUUUACCGGAGUUAAAGUGGCAUCACACGCUCUCUACCAUGCGGCAUCUCUUGCUUUGAACGUUGAGAUUCUAGACUUGCAAAUUGUCGCUGGGGCUACCAAUAUCCUUGGGCGCACUGUUACCCCGGCGGACCAGUCGCGAUCUCAGCGGAACAUUCUUCGCUGGCUACAUGAGGAUUCGGGGGCGUCAUGGGCGGCAGCUCGACAUUCAUCGAAUUUACUCCAAGAUGCUGUGCUAAGUCUACAUGACUGGGAUCAGACGGAUGCCUUCCAUUUUCCAUGGUGCUUGUACCUGGCUACGUUGAAUUGCUGGAUAUUUCACCGUGGGAUGGAUCUCUCUGCAUCUGAGCACCGAGUAACUACCGAUCUGUCUUCAUUGAUUGUGAUGAUGACCAACUGUCCAAGUGAUACUGACUUGUCAGCAUUGUCAGGGAAGUACGAUCCUAAACCAUUAACAGCGGCGAUGGCACAGCAGUUGGCGACUGUUAGGUGGGCUGUAGUCCACGAUGCAAUGAAGGUUUUGAUGAGUUUGUCUUGA